AUGGCGACUGGUGGUGGCGACGAGAAGGGAGCGUGGUACCAAGUGCCGACUUGGGAUGGGUCGCCAUUGACAUGGCGAUCAUUUAGAAGGGAGAUGACUUGGUGGGUCAGCAGCUUGGACUUGCAGGCCACGGCCAAGUAUAACUUGGCUGCUCGCUGGCUCCUCAGACAGACCGGCAUCGUUCGCCAGCGUGGGGAAGAGUUCAAUCCCGAUGAACUGCAAUUCAAGCCCGCUGAAACCUACACCGACCCUGUUUCUGGCGAAUCUGUUGAGGUGACCCCUGCAGACUAUUUGUUUGGGUUGAACAAAUUGCUCACCGCCCUUGAAGCAAUCAACGGACAGAGUUUGUUGGAUAAGCGUGGUGAGCUUCGCAACUUGUUCUACUUGGAGUUGAAGCGGUCUCCCAAUGAGCGUGUUGCUGAGUUUUGCACCCGCUUCAGGACCUUGGCUGCCGACCUCAGUGCAGAGGGAGUUUCGAUUCAGAGCACUGAACUCGGCUGGUUCCUUCGCCAGAAGCUUGGCCUUGAUAGUCUGCGUCAACAGCUUCUUGAAACUGCCCUUGGCGGCCGCGAGGAGUACAAUGUCGUGGAGGCUGAAUGCUUGCGCCUUUUUAAGGACCUACAUCACAACGAUCCUCUUCGCCGCUUUGACCGACAAGGAGACCGUCCGAAGUUGACGAUUCGACGGCUGUUUCAAUCGCAAUCCCAAAAGGGACCAUCGUCUUCGGCAUCCACUAUUAGCCGAUCACCGUCUAUGUUUUCGGCGGCGACUUCGGCACGCUCUUCGAACUCUACCAGCACGAGACGUGCCUAUGUGACUGAGACUGAUGAUGGUCAUGAUCAGUCGCAUGAAGAGGUUUUGGAGACCGUGGCCGAGGAAGACCAUGCCGUUGAGCAAGCGGCUGAUCCGACCUUGGAGGAGGUCAUCCAGAGCGAAGCUGAGUGUUUGGCCACUGAACUUCAGGAGGCCGAAGAGCAGGGCAUCGAUCCAGGUGUCCUAGAGGAAAUGGAGUCUUCGUUUGAGCAGGCCGCUGAGGCCCUUGUCACGAUGAAGGAGGCGAAAAGCCGCUUGCAGGAGGUUCGCAAGGACCGUGGCUUCGGUCGAGCUGGAGCAGUUGGAGGUGGACGGCAAAACGCCGGAGUUCCAGCGGCCAGAAAGGCCUCAGGGAAGCAUCCAUGCUUCGAUUGCAAUCAGCAUGGUCACUGGGCUGGCGACAAGGAGUGCCCUAAGCCUGGUGCAGGUCUUGGCCGAAAGGGCCCUCCAGCUGCCGCGAAAGCAAAAACGCGGCAAGUUCGUGUGACCGAAGCCUUCCAAGCUGAGCAUGUCGUUGUUCCUGAACCCCUUGCACCUUCACCAUCGAGUACAUCCACACCUUUGGAAAACCCUGGGUCCCCUCACGAGGUCAACAUGGUUUUGCACGGGAGUUCAACCAUGCCCUUGGGUCAAGCCUUUGAGCAGUCGUUGGCGAAUGCCUUGAACUCCACCCUCGUUUCGACCGCCGCACAGGACUUGCCGAACGAGAAGCACCAUGUUGGGGCCCUAGAUAGCGCGUGCAAUCGCAGUUGCGCUGGACCGACUUGGCUGCAGAGCUAUGUCUCCCAGCUUGAGAGUGCACCACCGUUCAUUCGUGCUUUACUUCACCAUGUCUCCGAAUCGGAGCGAUUCAAGUUCGGCAACGGAGGUGUGGCCAUCAGCACCAAGAGAUGGCGACUUCCGGCAUGCGUCGGAGGCCACGUGUUUUUGGUUUGGAUCAAUGAGGUCCCCAUUCCUUCGUUGGGUUGUUUACUCGGUCGCGAUGUGUUGGAUGCCCUCGGAGCUGUCUUGAACUUUGGCCAGCGCACCUUGCAGUGCACUUCAUUGUUUGAUGACUCCCAAAGGUUGGAACUCAAGCAGAUGGCAGCCGGGCACUUCAUGCUGGAGCUCCUGCCAGAGUCUUGGCCAAGGCUCGGCCCCGUGAAGUGGCGUCGAUGCGGCCUUGAUGGAGUGCUCGAGUUGCAGUUGACCCCAAGAUCAUGGCUAGAGCGAAGAGUUGCUGAGGCACGAUGUUUGACUUCGCAUUGUCACUUCAUCGACGCCUUCUCGGACUACCAGAGCGACUACUUGCAGAACGACCUGAAGUACCAGUUCAUGAUGACUUCACCACCGACAUCCACCUUCCUGUCGGACAUGGCUGCCUUGGAGGCAGCGCCGUUGGAGCCUUUGACUCCGUCGCUGGUGAAGAUCUUCAAGGAAGUGAACACGAAGGGCAUCGCGCCCUAUCGGUGGAAUCGGUUCAUCCUCCGCCUCAUCGACAGGAGGAAUUGGCAUGCAAGGAGCCUACUCAUUCAGUUCGCUUCAAGAGCUCACUUGCGCUAUUUGCCUUUUCCAUAUCCCUCGGUUUGCUCAGUGGAGCAAUGGCUUCUCCAGGCACAGUCAAUGAUCAACAUGAAGACUAUGAGCCGGCGGCACCACUUCAUCGCCCUCGAGACCGGUGGCUACACUGUGGAGCACCUGUUGGAGCUCGGGAGGUUGAGAGACCGAUGUGGCUGGAAGAUGGCAUUUGUGGAGGACAGUCUCUUGGCUGGAUUUCUUGCUGCCCGGAGCCAGAAGGGUCAGCGGGAGAAGCUUCGUGCCGCUGCCUUGGAGGAGACAAAGCAGAAGAUCGCCAAGGAGUCGGCCGAGAUGGAUCGCGAGAUCAUGGCUCGCCAGUUGCUUGGACCAAGAGGUGGUUUGCCGACCUUGCGAAGCGACUUGGUCAAGUUGGCGCUCUUGCUCAAUUUGACCCCUGGACCAAAGGAGACGGUGGCUCAGCUGCAAGGCCGCAUCCGCCCACUCGUGGACAUCUUGAAGAACAAGAACCCUCCGUUGCAUUCGACGCCCUUGGAGGUGCCUCGUGCAGAUCCGCUCCAUCAUGUGACGCCCACGUCGUCCUCAUGGUCAGUCGUGUCCGGAAUGGAGGCGCCGAAGGCGGCAAUGGAGCGGAAGCAGGAGGGAUGUCCAAUGCCCUCCGAACUUCACCAGAUGGAACUUCGUGUCCAGGAGAUGAUGAAGGCCCAGGACGCUCGCUUUCAAGCCAUGUUGGGUCAAGUGCUGCAAGCCGUGAGCCAGGGGCCUCCUCUGUCAGCAAGUGGGAACCACAUCUCCGAGCGAUGUGGUCAUGGACCUGACCAAGGACGACCUGUGAAGAAUUUCGACGACCUUGUGGACACCAUCGAUGGCAACUUCAAGAUUCAUGGCAAAGUGAAGAAGGGCAUCAGCCAGAUGAUCUCGCAAGCAUGGCAUCAACAUCGACGAGACCAGAUCGCCCUUUCAGUUGGCUCGAAGGAGAUCAAGGAAGUCUUCAUGGCCACUUGGAACAUGGAGAUGAGAGAUGCUAUGAAUGAGACCUUCGCUGUGGAACUUCGCAUGCCCACUUUUCUCACCGAGGUCUACACCGACACUGAGCCUGUGGCUCAGGCGACUCGUCGCCGUGGCUUGGUUGCUGGAGAAAGCUUGACUCUUGGCACUGGUUGGGAUUUUCGACUUCCUGAUCAUCGCAAAGCAGCACUGGCAUGGAUGAAGCGUGUCAGGCCCUAUGUUGUGGUCCUUGCUUUUCCUUGUGGUGCCUGGUCACAGUUGUUGGCCCUCAACGCUUCCGUUGACCUUGACAGGCUUCGUAGUGAGGCUUUUGAGUUGGUAUUCUUUGCCAUCGAGGUCGCUCGCUUGCAGUUGAGAGGAGGUAGGCACUACUUGAUGGAGAAUCCUCGCUCCUCCAUGGCAUGGAAGCUUGAGAUUAUGGAGGACUUUGCGCAGUCCACAGGCGCCUUGGAGGUGGUCGUGGACAUGUGUCGUUUUGGUCUUCGGGCCCCUGACGGUGAACUUCACAAGAAAGCAACGAAGUUGGUGACUUCAAUGCAAGCCCUCGUGUCCGCCUUCUUGGACAAGCGUUGUUUGGGAGAUCACCGUCACACACCGGUGAUUGGAGGCAAGAAGAUUUCUACCGCGGCGGGUCACUACACCAAGGACUUCGCCGAUGCCGUGGUCGAUGCCUGCAUGCAGCAGUACGACUUCGAGAACGCCUACAUCUUCAAGGGCUACAACCAUGAGUCCGAGGCUUUCACUGUUGAACAUGAGGUGAUGGCCGUUGGAGAUGAUGGCGAUUUGGACUCCGAGGCUUCAUUUGAGGUCUCCAAGGACGAUGAGCAGAAGCCCAUUUCUGCAGCGGUGAAGAAUGCCGUUUACCGCUUGCAUGUGAACACCAGCCACCGGAGCAACCAGAGGCUGGCCAGGGCUUUGUUGAUUUGUGGAGCCCCCAAAGAAGCAGUUCUGGCAGCCAAGCGGCUGAAAUGUCCUGUUUGCGCUGAGCGGCGCAACCCAAAGCCUAGACCGGUUGCUGCAAAAGUGUUGAAAGACAAGAGCACUGCCUCCGUCAUUUAUUUUUUGCAGACGCUUUGGAUCCCACUUCUCGGUCGACCACAUACCAUCGUGGCCGACCAGGGCAGGGAGUUUGUCUCCGCCGAGUUCGGCGAUUGGUGCGACAGCCAGAGCAUCUACCUGUACCACAUUGGAGUCGGUGCCCCUUGGCAAAACGGGAUCUGUGAGCGAUCCGGCGCUACUUUGAAAGCGUUGGUUGGUGCUGUUGCUCAAUCUCACGCCAUUGGGUCCUUCGAGGAGAUGGAGUUGACAGUUGGAGAGGCCGUGGCUUCCUAUAACUCUGACUUGAAUGAAGGUGGGGUGGCACCCAUCCAGCUGGUCACGGGCAAGAUUCCUUCGCCUGGUGGUGAUGUGUUGAACAGCUUCAAUGCCCGCCUCAGCGAGCACUCUCUCAUUGAGGCGAAACCAACCCUGAGCAAGCUGGUCGCGAUUCGAGAGACGGCUCGACUCUCGAUGAUCAGACUACACUACAGUCGAGGCCUACGGCAGGCUGAACUCAGUCGCUCUCGAGCGACGACCGGUGAAGAUCUACCUCAACCUGGCGACUUGGUGUUUUUUUGGAGAGCCCAAAAGUAUCAGUCCAGGAAGGAUGUUGGUGCUGGCACUCGUCGCAGGCUGAUGCUUCGACGUUGGCAUGGGCCAGGACUCCUCGUUGCUACAGAAGGUCGUCAUGGAACUGAUUUGGCUGCCAAUUGUUUUGUUUCCUUUCGCGGUCAGUUGACCAAAUGCCCCUUGGAGCAUGUGAGAAAGGCAUCCUCGCUGGAGAGCAUAGCAGCUGGUUCCUGGGAGGCGGCCAUUGAUGAGGUGAUCAACGCAGCAAAGAAUGAAGCUCGAGCUCGCGAGCAUGAUGACGGUUCUGAUGAACCUGAGCCUGAUGGACCUUUACAACCAUCGACGCCGGAGCAGUUUGCAGGUCAGCUUCAGCCCUCAGAGAUUGUGGCUGCACUUCAACCGACAAGUUCGGCAGCACCCUCGCUUGUUGGCAGGACGGCCCCGCCAUCAUUGCUUGAGACCGCUGGCGAAGGCACUGAGACGCCGGGCACGGCCGCUCCUGGAACACCGGUUCCUAGCUUGAUCCUGCAAGCUUCCCAGUCGAGGCUGACGAGUCCUAUGGCAAGUUCGACUAUGUCCCGCACCUUGGAGCGUGCGAGAGCAUUAGAUGAAGAAGUUGCUGAACGGGCCGAACGUGGAGUCAAGAGACCUGCAGAAGGUCCACCUUUGGAAGCAGAAGAGCAUGGCGCCCGUCCUGCAUUUGAAGCCUUGCAACUCACCCAUGAGGAAUUGCAGAAGAUUUCUGAUGGGGCGGACGUGCAUCCUUUGUUGAAGCUCCAGGCAAUGAUCGACCUUGAUCGCGACCUGGGCAACACUAUGGGCGAGCCAGACCAUGGCACAUGGGACGGAAGAUGGAGUCUCUUUUGCCAGCGUGAUUGGGACACACUGCAGCGCCUGGGAGCGCAACUUCCUUCAGGAGCACCUCAUGAUGUGCUGGCACUUCAAACCGCUCGCAAAGAGUAUGUCUGGAGUAAGAUGUCUCCAAAUCAGAAGCAGCUGUGGGGUGAGGCGGCAGCUGGCACUGCUGUUGGUGAACUUCCCAAUCAGCAUGCGCUGAUCCCUGUACCGGCAGAGGUGUUAGUCACCUUUUUCCAUCCGAUGUCCACUCAGCCUUUCUGUGGCACAAGCUUUAAAGAAGAAGAUAGGAUGAAUGUGAAAGACUGA